AUGCUGGCGCACCAACAGCAGCACGCCAUUUCGCCGGCAGACCUCUCUGUCCUCUCCCUGCUCACGCAGGACCAGGCGCCGUCGCCCGCACAGGUCGCUUCCUCAUCAUCCGCCCGCGGCCAGCCUCACGCCUCGACACACCGGUCGAGGACGAAGAAGGGCGAUGGUCGAGCAGAUGUCGACCCGCUGCUCAUCGCUGCUGCCGCUGCCUCUGGGCCAGACGUCACCCGCAACCACUACUUCCACUCCUUCUUCCCCCAUCCUCUCGCCUACUCUGCCUGCGACGACGAGCGAGCGGCGCUCAAUGCCUCGCCGCCCGGUCCGUCUACGAGCCCUCCCGCCCAGCGGCCAAAGAUGGAGUCCCGACAAGCGCCCCGAAGCAUUCGUCUUCAGGUCGAAGAGGAGGAGAAGCGGCGGCUGGAACGGCUGGAGCGGCUGAGACGAGAACAGGCGCAGAAGGAGGAAGAGCAGAAGGGAGUGUUGCAGGACAAGCCGCAGGCAGUGGCUCUCCCGACCCGCGACGGCGGCUUCGAGUUCAAGGAGGACGGCAAGGUGCAAGCGAAGGCGAGUCAACGCGAUACGGACCGCAUCAAGGCGCCGAAGCCUGGGCAGGUCCGCCACCUGCAGGACGAGUCGCUCGUCGACCUUCUGCGGCAGCCUUCCACUCCUCCGCCUCUCGAACACCCUCUCGCCGAACCUCCCUUCCCAACAGUUGGCGCUCAUUCAGCCGUCAAGCCCGAAUCUCCUCUCUCUGCGCCGGAAACGACUACUGCCGCAUCCCCCGAGGCGAAGACGCCCCUCCCCCCUCUCGAAGUCCAGUGUCGCGUCCGGACCCGCAUCCCGACUCCUCACGGCCACAUCUUCCUCCACCUCUAUACGAACAACCAUGACACCAAAGAGCACCUCGCUUUCGUCGCCGACCACGCGCAAAUGGCUUCGACUUCCGUCACCACGAACGCGGUCGAGGGCACGCCUAUCCUCGCGGAGACGGGCGAGCGACGGCUGCUCCCGUUCAUCCGGUCACACAGCCUUGACUGCAAGUGGCACGACGGCGAGACGGAUCAGGAGCGCAUCGUUCGCGGGGCCUAUGUUGGUCGCCUCACCGAAACGACUCAUAUCGCCUCUCACCCCAACCCUCACUCCCUCGACCCGACAGCGACUCCCCCUCACGUCCACCGAUCGCACCGGACAACGCACAACACUUCGUCUCGGGCGCCGACGGACCCGCCUCUCGUCCGCAUCCACUCCGAAUGCUUCACCGGCGAGACGAUCGGCUCUCAGCGGUGCGACUGCGGCGAACAACUCGACGAGGCUUUCCGCCUCAUCACGCUUGCCGGGCGAGGCGUCGUCGUCUACCUGCGCCAGGAAGGUCGCGGAAUUGGCCUACUCGAAAAGAUGCGCGCCUACAACCUACAAGAUCUCGGCCACGACACGGUGACGGCGAACCUGAUGCUCGGUCACGGUGCCGAUAUGCGGACGUACGGGAUCGCCGGCGCCAUCUUGCGCGACCUCGGCGUCGCCCACAAUGGAGUUCGGCUCUUGACGAACAACCCGGACAAGAUCAAGCAGAUCGAAGGCGAGGGCGUGAAGGUCGUCGAGCGCGUCGCGAUGGUGCCACGAAGCUGGGUCUUGGCGGAGGAGGAGGCAGCGGCAGCAGCGAGACGGGCAGCGCGAAAGGCCAAGGGCAAGGCCGGUGGCGCCGACAAGCGCAAGAGCCUCGAUGUGUCUAUCUCGUCGCUCCAGUCGCUCGACGCUUCCUCCCGCCGCCCGUCGUACUCGCGAUCGACCUCGCUCGCUUCGUCGGCCGGACCGUCCGGCUACUCGACCCGCGCUCCCUCCGAUAUCGACGGCGAGCUGUCUGACGGCGACUCUGACUCCUCCGACUGGGACGCCAAGACGGACUCGUCCCGCGCGUAUCACCUUCGUCGCGCCGGCGUCGGCAUGAUUGGCGCCUCGGUGACCAGCAGUCCCGAACUCGACAAGUAUCUGCGGACCAAGAUCGAUAGGAUGGGUCACCUCUUGAAUCAUCCGGCCCAGCAGGGAACUCUCGAGCGGGUCAUGAGUCACGGGGGCGCGAAUACUCCGGGCGCGACGCACCAGCACCCCCUCAGCGAGAGCAUCACGAGUCUCGAGGGGUCUUCGAGCGAGGCGGCGAGUCGGUAG